AGGAAAAGCGCGUCACUGUUGCAAUUCCCUUUCUCCCCGAUGGAAAUACUUAGCUUUAUUUGAUAAGUCCAAGUGAUGUAGAAAUUUGUGCUAGUUGUAUCUCGGCUCCUCUACCGAAGAUUUCAAUUUAUUACAACUCAAUUCAUACGUUGAAGAUAUUACUUGUAACUACAUUAGAUUAUUUUUUAUACUAUACUUACUGAUUGCUUGUUAAUAUAUGAGACUUUAGCGCUGUUCGUGAUCGAUAACAUGUGUGCAGAAACUUUGUUAUCGACCACUCCGUAAUGCUAGCGGUAGCGAUUUUUCAAUCCUCCUCCAUGCACUUCCACAAGAAUGACGGCCCACCUCAACCUAUCGCCACGCGGAACAGGAGGAUCGACGUGCGUAUUGCCAUCUGUAUUUGAUCAACCUGGAACUAGAACAGGUACAGCCCAGGGUCAACAACCGACAGCAGAUUUUCACAGAGUUGCGCUUGAUACGAGCUUCUGCGGACCUGGAGUUGUACCCUCGUCACCGAACACAAGCAAAUCUCCAGCUUCGCUACCUUUCGCCCGCUGCCUAGUCCCUAAUUUAGACCGAUUUCUGUUGAUUUUGUCCUUAUCCCUGCACUUUUUGAGUUUCCGAGAACUUGUUCGCGUGUGGGACUCCUUGGACCUACCUGAUGAAGACGAACUCCUGGAAGAAUACAUUCUGUGGCAUGGGCAUGACCGCAGUUUUCUUCACGACGUCGCAGCUUGCCGAUCGUCACCGAGAUACCUGAGGCUUAUUCGUUUUUACCAACGGAAACAUCCAACGCUGUGUCAUCUGUUCGAGCUGAAGUUUACGCCAGAUCGACUUCUCCCUCGUCUCUUCGCAGAAGACGACUUUUUGCAUUUGCGGGAAGUGCUGUUAUCGUAUACCUGUGGGGCUGCAGGUAGCUUGGGCAAUCAUGGUGUUGGUGAAACAAACUCCAUAAAGUCAACAACAAGCAAGACAUCUGCUUCUAGCAUGUCUCCUUCCCCAGUUCUUCUCUACACGACAUCUGGCGGCCACUAUCAUGAUCAGAAGAACGUGUUUCGUUUGUCCUCGUCGCAGCUCGUUUCGGCAGUUAGUCAUGGGGCGAGUCGGUGUCUCGCGGAACUGCUUCGUGGAAUGGUCGACGAGGUGGGCUCAAGACGGACUAGAAGCGUCCAAGUAGAAUGGAGAGGCUGGCCACACGGCGUAAUCCCACCAGGGGAACAUUAUUACCAGAGACUCAGUAUGAUUAGAAAUGGUUCAUCGGGAGGUAACGGACAGGGAGGAAUUGGAGCAGGAAGUGCAAAUACAAAUGGAAAAAGGUCUUCCAAAGAGCAAGGCAGUUCGUCUUCCUUAAGAGCAUUACGGGAGCGGAAAAAGAAUGCUUCAGGAGCUGCACAAAAGGAUGACGCAGAUGGCAGCAAUGUAAAGGGAGAUGAAGCGCCAGAAGGCCAAGUAGGAGACGAUCAGAGCCAAACGACGACCUUGCCUCAUAUACAGAGUGGAAAUGAAAAACGAGCCGUCAAAAAAGUUCGACCCGUAACAGCGCCAGCUGAGAGGCGUAGUAAAAAUGGUACCUGUGUAGACGGCAAACCUUCAGGAGACGCACAACAUACUCACGGGGCCCAUUCGGUUAAAAGAAAGCUUCAUGGGAAAAAACGCACAAGAUUUUCGUGGGCAAACCCUAGCGAUGAACAAUCUCAGCCUGCUGGUGAUCACGAUGAAACUGCUUCUAGACAAGAUGUGAUCAGUAGCAACCCUCGAUUGGUCAUUGACGAUCAGAACGAGAGCUGGUCGAUCCAUAAUAUCAUUUUCAGAGGUAUGGAAAGAAACACGAACGACCAGAACGACGACUGCUCGAAAAGAAUAUCAUUGUUGAGUGACCAACAACAUCAGGUGGAUGUCGCCACAACCUUGGUUGAAAUCGAUUCUAUUGACCCGGGCAUAACCGUUCUCGAUAUGCUCCGUCGUGCUCAUCACCAGCAAGAAGUAGAAGGGUGGAGUAAACAAUUGCGCAUGAUCAGGGAACUGAUUUUCGAUAACUUUUUGCUUCGUCCCGACGACUGCUUCCCUGGUGCCACCAAUCCCGUGGUGUAUUCGUGUUUUGUCGCUGCAGCGCUGAUCUUCGCGGAUCUUGGACUGUUGCAGAGGCUAGUGGGACCGAAUCAGUCGAAAACCAUCUCGUUCCGAUAUGCGGGAGAAAGUUACAAGGACUGGCCCAUGUGCGUCGUUGUCGCUAAGUUCGCGUCAGCGUCGUACUUGCGCUUACGAUCAUCGUCGAAGAGGAGAAGCAUUUCUGGUUCUACAACUAGUCUGGAGAGAGGAAUAACUACGGGUGGGGGAGAAUAUACAGAAGUAGUAAGUACUAAUACCGAUACCGUACUAGAGAACCAAUUAGCUUGUCUCGACUAUCUGGUGCAAGAGGCUAACCACGAUCCCUAUCGUGUGACCCCACGUGGAGAGGGGAUAGCAACAUUUUGGCGAGGAGACUUGGAUGCAGAGUCUUGUGAAAGGGUGGAAGCAUACCUCACAGAUUGGAAGGUACAACUUGGACAAGAGGAACAUGCGGAAGAAGAGCGGCAAGGGAUGACUUUGUCGACUACAUCAGAAGAGGAAAACGAGAGUAGUACGACUCGGCAACGUGGAGGAGGAACAAAAGCGCGACAACGAGAUGAACCUGCACCUUCAAGUUCCUCCUCUUCUAAAGAACUUCCAACACACGGUGGCCUUGGACAGGGUUAUCCGCUACUCCAAAGUCUCCACCGUCUCGACUUGCAAAGGUGUAUACGAGAUGGGGAUACAAAAGGGCUUAUGAAGUUAGUCAAACGAGGGUUGAAGUUCGAGUCUGCGGAUUUUAGGUUGGCCAUGACCCUAGGAAAGUUUGACGUUCUUGAGUUUUUAAAAGAUUACAUGGUCUCCAGAGGUGAAGAAGCACAUUAUCGAUCCUGUAUGAGCGCUCUCCAUGCGGAAAUGAAGAACACGAGGAGAGGAGUGAACAUGGCGUAAGGUGAAGCUCUCCAUGUUCAUGCGGAAAUGAAGAACACGAGGAGAGGAACGAAUAUAAUUGGCUGAGACGAAGAGGCAUUUUCUUGUUCCAAGGGAGCAGAGAACCAACGGAAUUUUUUUUUUUGGGAUUCAUUAUCUGCAUAGUAUGCCAGUGCACAUACC